GUAGGCGCCCGCAAUCUGUCUCCUUCCCCGGCAUGGAGCCGGUAGGGAGCGAGGCGGCCUGCUUUAAGGAGCCAUACUAACCCUGCUCUGCAGACCUUCCGUCCGAUUGAGCAGCGCGACCAAGAAGAGCAGGCGGAAGCAUGGUACAACCAUCCCGUUCGAGUUCAGAACAAGGAGCUCUUGGCAGAGAAUCUGCGCCUCAAGAAGCUCCUCCGCGAGAACGGCAUCUCGUGGGAUCCGCGACUGACCCUAGAUCCCCACGAUCCCAGCAGAGGCACGUGGUCGUCGGGCGUGCCGAAGGUCCAGACUCGCUCGUCCACCGGCCCGGGACGGCUUUCUCAGAGACAUGGACGGCUGCCGACCCUGCCCAUGGAGAUCCAGCUCUUCAUCCUAGAGUACGCCCUGACCAGCAAGUACCCGAUCAUCGACCCCCUCUGUAAGUUGAACAAAGACUGCAUGACUGCGACCGAGAAAAGCCGCGGCAACCAGAUCGCCAUCGGCUUCUUGGCCACCUGCAGAGCUCAUCUGAUCGAAGGCACGCGAUUCCUCUGGCGCAACAACACGUUCAUCUUUACGAGCCACCUUGCUUUGCGCAACUUUGCCAAUGUCGACCUCGAGCACCGGAAGACCAUCAAGUUCGUCACUUUUCGCAUCGUCGCUCGCUAUUACGACGAUGAGAAACGGAAGCACUUUGCCCCGUUCCCUUCUCCGGGGUAUGCGUACGACAAGCCGAUCAACCUCAAGGUUAUCCCGCGGACCAAGGAAAAGAACCUCGCCCGCAAGGGAUUUCGCAGUUACACCUGGGAUCAGGUCGUCGACUUUCUCGACGCAAUGCGGCCGCCCUUUGACCCCAAUCACCGCAGCGGACAGCCGCGCCCCCGCCUGCUGCCUAACCUGGAGUGUCUGAGGAUGGAUUUUGUCAACUUUCCAGAUGAUUUUCUCACGCCUCCGAGAGGGACGGCCCUCCACGAUCUUGCCUCUCACGACCUUGGAUGCACCUUGAACGAACUUCAGCUCACCGGUCUUCCAGAGUGUCUGUGGGGCCAGGAGAUUGCCGCCCAUCUGUCUGGAAUGGUCAAGGACGAUGGCCUCCGCCUUACCGCCGACUCGGUCUUCGUCUACUGUCGCAACCAUCUCCGUCGAUUGUCGGGCUGGAGGUGGGAUCCAACUUGGUACCCGAAGGUGAUUCGGGGAUGGAAGCUACUGGCGGAUGAGCACGCACGCACCACGGACAAGACAACCGCACCCCAACGCUCCCAUGCCCACCACGAUGAACAUGCAGGCCCGCCCAGAAUGCCACCGGCCCCCAAGGAGGAAGGCCAUCCGGAGACGCAGUGGAAGAAGCGUCGCACUAUCUUCAAGCGCGUACCUAUUGCGAUAGACGACGAAACACGCACUUGGUGCGAGUUUGACCGGCUGACCGGCCGCCCCAUUCCUGAUGACGCCUACGAUUCUGAGGAUGACGACUACGACAUAUCCGACCUCAUCUGCCCCGGUUGCGGCAUCAUGCACGGUCCUCCGGAAGAACACUGAUCGAGGCUCGCCUAAUGUUGUCGAUGCUUUGCCAGCGGGAGGCGAGCAUUUGCUGCCCAAGAUUGUCAUACAUGGUAGCACUUUUUUUUGGUGGAGAUGGCAGCAGAAGCGCUCGGGGGCUGCACACCUAUCGUCUACGGCAGCUUGGCCAUUUUUCUUGCUAUUCAUGAACCAUGUAUUGCUUUCACAAGGGUUGUGUGUGUCAGGUUUGCCGGAGCGGAUAGCAUCUACAUGGAACGGUGACGGCGUUGGAACUGGGCACCACAAGAACAGCGCUUAGACGGUACCAGGAGCGUUGACGACGUUAAUG